AUGUCUGGCUACGGCGAUUACAACCAGGGCUACAACCAGCAGCAGCAGGGCCAGGGCCAGGGCUAUGGUCAGCAGGGUUACCCCCAGCAGGGCUACGGUCAGGAAUCCUACGGCCAACAGCAGCAGCACCAGGGCCAGGGCCAGGGCCAGGGCUCUUCCAACGACUACUAUACCGGAUCUCAACAGCCCCAGUAUGGUGAACAGCAGGGCUACGGCCAGCAACAGGGUUACGGCCAGCAACAGGGUUACGGCCAGGAGAACAACCGCGCUGGGUAUGUUUCCUCCUCAUCUCAUUCUUUUGGAGGUCCCGCACUAACAGAGUACAAUAGAUACGAUCAGCAGCAGGCUCCCGGCCAGGCCCAGGAGGGCGAGCGUGGGCUAAUGGGAGCGCUCGCAGGCGGAGCCGCCGGAGGAUUCGCUGGCCACAAAGCGAACCACGGCAUCCUCGGAACAAUCGGUGGAGCCAUCAUCGGUAGCAUCGCUGAGGAUGCUAUGAAGAAGCACAAGCGCGACGCCAGCCCUAGCGGUGGUGCCCCCGGCGGUUCCUAUGGCGGUCCCGCUAGCAACAACGGCAGUGGCAACAUGAUGGACCAGCUCGGCGGUUUCUUCAAGAAGUAA